GCAGGAGUACUAUUGCUACUCGCCUUGACGGCUGUCAUGGCUCUAGCGUACGCAAUUCCUCCCAACCGGCCCAACACGAACAGCAACUGACCUCAAACCAGCUCCUUCCUGGCAGGCGCGCUUCCUCUGUCCAUGUCCCUGUCGCAGUCGCAAAUGCGUCUCAUAUCCAGUAUAGGAAUCGGUAUACUAGUCGGCACAUCACUUAUCGUUAUUAUACCCGAAGGUGUGUCCGCCAUCUCAGAGGCCUCCCUGGCAGCAGGCCACGUACACGGAGCCAAGCGACACGUCAUAACCAGAACCAACGAUUUGAUGCACUGGAACCCAGAGACGGGUACUUACACCAUCACCUCAAAAGCCAGGAGAUCCGAUGGUUUGUUGCAGUGGGACGGAGACGCAGCUGUCUAUACAACCACUUCUAGGGCCAAAAGAGCCAACGACCUGAUGCAAUGGGACCAAGAGGCAGGUGUUUACGCAGUACCGGACAAAGCCGCCAAGGAACCACAUCUGGGGCAGACACUGCCCGUCAUCAUGCCCGACGUCGACACAACAACCCCUAGUGCUGCUAUAGUGGGCCAGCCAAGGGAGGAAGACCCCCCGACCAACACGCCCUCCGAUCAUGCUCCAGAGCCGCCCGAGUCCGUACCUACCUUCUGGGUAGGACUCUCUCUGAUACUGGGCUUCGUCCUGAUGUUUCUCAUCGACCGCCUGCCGCGCCACGCAUCGGACAACUUUACGCCUCCGCCAGCACCCCGCCAUAUCAGUCUGAGCAACCUAGGUGCUUCAGGCCUCCCAGGUGACGACGAGGAGAGCGACGGGUUCCUGAGCAGUCUAACACCGACACCCAAGCAAUCGAGGAGCCUAGCAACCACAACGGGAUUGGUAAUUCAUGCCGCAGCCGAUGGUAUCGCGAUGGGCGCCUCAGUCGGCGGUUCGGACACGAAACUCGGCUUCAUCGUGUUUAUCGCCAUCAUGGUACACAAGGCACCGGCAGCCUUCGGUCUGACGUCGCUUCUACUGAAACAGGGCCUAUCGAAACGGGCUGCGAGAGGCCACCUCAUUGUUUUCAGCCUGGCCUCGCCGGCCGGCGCUUGGGCAACAUUUAUACUAGUGAACCUCCUGGGAGGUCGAGGAGACGGAGGCCAGCCUGGCGAGUGGAACCAGUGGUGGACCGGCAUGUUGCUACUGUUCUCUGCCGGAACCUUUUUAUACGUCGCUAUGCACGCGAUGCAGGAGGGCGACGCUCACUCCUCCCACGACAUGACCAAUGGAAAUGGCUAUGGGGAGAGCCCGACGCUGGGCCAGAGAAAGCAGGCCAGACCCCAGAUGAGAGAUACGAUCGCGACGGUUGUGGGCAUGCUGUUGCCGUUACUUACACAGUUUGGGCAUCAUCACUAGGACUGGAUGCCAUGGCUGUAUAAUUUCUGAGUCGCUCUGUACAGCUAUCCGGUUUUUGAUUUGCAUUGUUGGUUCAAGGGAAGAAGAAACAAUCGUCGACUUCUCCAAAUGUACUCAAAUGUUGAUGAUCAUGAAGCCCGUCGACCAUAGCCAAGUGGUAACAAGAUGGUUACGACAGCUGUAUAGUAUUAAUUACCCUCUAUUUGCUACAAAGGAGCCG